UCUAUUAUAUUUACAGUGCUGUCAAAAAGUACUCCAGUGCAGCAGUGCUGCAGUGAGAGAAACUUAGGAAGUGUUUGUGUCAUUACUGUGACAACGUAACCGUAGCAGGUUGAAGAAUUCUUUCGGUUUUUGAGCCAAGUGUUUGGAGGACUGACUGGCCGGUUUUAACUGUAGCUCCAUGGACGCUAAGAAUAUUACACAUAGACACACUCUUGCAGACACAUGUUAUCGGCUGCACGGGUGUAUCAGGUUCAUAAGUAUGUGUACAAAGAUGUCAGCACACAUGUAUUUUUACUGUGGAUCAGCACACAAUUUUAAACAUUUCAAUUUGCUGUUAGUACACUUGUAAACCAUAAUUGCAUAUAUGCAAACCCAACAAGCAACCUGACACAGACACACACACACACACAAACAGAACCGUGUACGCUGAUUUCUUUUUAGCACAUACACCUCCGCUGGAUUGUGAUUCUGCAGAGAACCAGAGGAGGAAGUGGGAGGUGGUAGUGCAGAGAGGAGUGGGAGAAGAGAGCUGAAGUGGCGGCAAGAGUGUCGGAGGAAAAUAAUCGAAGAAGCAUGGGGGAAAAGGAAGGAGGGAGGGUGUAGACCGAUGAUUAGGAGGGGGGGGGAGUCAUGUUCAGAUUUGAAGCUAAUGCAGCCUAAAACCGUUCAGACUCAGCUGUGGGCAAAAAGCAGCUGAUUCACAACCUCUUCCUCCUCAUGUCUCAUUCUCUCUUCCUGCGCCUCACCAAGAUAUUGAUAUUCAGGCAGAUGCAGACCAGGGACCUUGUGUCCAUGCUGCCAAACCUCAAACCUCUCUGAGACAGCCGAACCACCGCGGGCGAGGUGGGGCUAGAGGAGGAGGCGGCGGAGGCCGAGGGGGGGUGCAUGGAGACUUCAGACAGGCCAGGGACAUGAGGGAUGGCCAGUCAGAGGGCAAGACUGGGGCGCAUCCGAACAAGAUGCAUCCGAACACACCCAACAGGAAAGAGAAUCAAUCUGCCGAGAGGUCAGAAAAGCGGAUGACCCUCCCUUCACGGUUCCAGAAGGAGGUGCAUGCUCACCUUUCCAGAAACCCCCAAACGACUGGCCCACCCGUGAAUCUUAACGAAAGCGUCAACUCAGGGAAAGAAAAGCCCUACAACCCUGAGGAGGUCCAGCGGCGCAUAAGUGAGAUUCUGGGGAAGUACAGCAACGGGUUCUGGGUGUCCAAGCUGCCGCAGAUCUACAGGGAGCUGUAUAAACAGGACAUGCCCACUGAGGCCAUUAAAGACUUGGAGACCUGGAUACACAUAUGCACUGUAGAGAAAACCUGCAGCAACUCAUCAGAGUUGCUGCUUUACCCGGCCAAGAAACAGACCACCACAUCCUCCCCCCCGCCCAUCCUCAACCCAAACUCCACCUCAGCCCCCGUGCCCAAUUCCAGCACCCCACAAGACCAACCUGUGCAGUCCCCCACCCAGACGACACCCUCCACCCCCCAGCUGACUCACUCUGGUUCCUGCUCUCCCAAGACUACAACAUCAUCCUCCUCGUCACCCAGUCCUCCCUCCUCCCCUGCCACCCUAAGCCCCGACCUGAAGCUGAAACUGGAGGAGCUGCUGGUGAAGUACUCCAAUGGCCUGUGGGCCCACGCGUUGCCCAAGCUCUUCCAGGACACGUACAAAUUCAAACUUCCCGGACAUGUUCUGGAAAAUCUUCACCUCCUCUCCGGCAUCUGCACUAUCGACUACCCUAUGCCUGACAACCCAAAGAGGGCCAUCUUGUACAAGGGGAGUAGCAGUGCUGGUGGUAGAGAAGGAAUAGAAGAUGAGAACUGUAAUAGGAGGAACUCCUCAGCCAGUGAGGGGGAGCUGAGGGUGAGGGAGAAGCUGGGGAGGAGGCUCAGUAACCAUGUGGUGCCCUCUCUGCAUAUACCCAAAGACGAGUACCCCUCUGUGCUUGUGGUGGAGGCCACCAACACCAAUGGAGUUAUAAUCCGGUACAUUGGCGAGGGUUACUCCUUGGCCCAGGAGGCCAUGGAAGAUGAAAUGAGGGUGUUUUAUGAUGUUAACCAAAGACGUCCAACUCCCCUGUCAUCUCCGUCCUCUGGCCAGCUGGUUGCUGUCCGGGCCGAGGAGGAGGAGGAGAUUCUUAGGGGGCGGGUGUGCGAGGUCAUGGCUGACAAGGUCAAGGUGCACUAUGUGGAUCAUGGCUUCUCAGAGGUCAUCAGCAAAACCAAAGUGUUGGAGCUGCAUGAGAGGUUUUUCAAACUGCCUUUCCAGGCAACUAAAUGUAAACUGGCAGGUCUGGAGCCAUUCUGUCAGGAGCCUGCUGUGCUGAAGAAGUUUGAGACAAUGGCGAGUGGAAAAAUCCUAUUGGCAGAGAUCAUAGACAGAGGGCAGACCCCGAUUGCCGUCCUGUAUGACACGUCGCAGGAUGAUGAUGUCAACAUCAAUGCUGCCUGUAUGAAAACCCUGCAGGACAAGACGCUCACCAGCCCGUUACAGGUGAACAGCACUUAUAUGAACGUGACUGUGAGAAGCGUCUGCUCAGAUGGUACCAUCUACUGUCAGCUGCCCUCCAGAGGCCUUGCCAAGCUGAAUGAGAUACUGGAGAACAUAGAGACGUACUUCCAAUCACAGGUAACAUCAGAGUUCCUGGUAUCCAACCCUUUCUGUGGUAAAGUGUGUCUGGCUCGCUAUAAAGGCAAAUGGUCCCGUGUUGAGAUCACCAACCUGCAUGGCCGCAGAGUGCUGGACAUCUUGUUCAUUGAUGUUGGCGUCCAGGCUUCGGUAGAGGUGUUUGAGCUCAGAGAGUUCCCACCGCAAUUCCUCCGUGACCUCAUGGCCAUCCCACCACAGGCUGUAAAGUGUUGUCUAGCGGACCUGGCAGUCAGUGUUGGAUCCUGGACUCCAGAUGCUGUCCAAUGGCUUCGAGAGAAAGUGCUCAACAUCACGGACUGCAGCAUGAAGGUUGCCAAGGUUGAUGAAACCAAGCGCUGCACUUACGUCCACCUUUUCACCGACAAGAACUUCCAUGACCCUUCACGCAGCCUCAACCAUCAGAUGGCCCAGUCUGACCUGUUCCAACAGCAACCUGAUGUUUUCCUGACGAGCCACAGCCCGGCCAAGAUCUUUACAACCACUUUAUCCUCUAAAACUCCCAGCUGUGGGGACUACAGCAAUGGGAGUCCGACGUCAACCUCUUCCCCCGGCAAGCCUCAUCUCAGGAGGGCUCUAUCAGGACCCAGAGGAGGUGGAGGAGGCAGCACGACUAGCACCAGCCCACCAGAGGCACCGUCACCCCCUUCAUCCUCUCUGCAGCUUCCACCGUUACUAGAGUUUCCCCCAGCAGGAAACAACAUAGACGUGUACGUAUCAGUGGCCUGCCAUCCAGGCCACUUUGUGCUGCAGCCUUGGAGAGAUAUGUACAGACUGGUUGUGUUGAUGGGAGAGAUGAUUCUCUACUACAAUAAAACUGAGGAGAAACCACUCAACAUUGAGAAGAAUCACAUAUAUGCUGCUAAAAUAGAGAACAGCUGGCAUCGUGUUUUAGUGAAGGGAGUUCUGAGCAAUGGGUUAGUGUCUGUGUACGAGUUGGACUAUGGCAAACAUGAGCUGGUCAGCUGCACACAGCUCCGACCUCUCAUCAAAGAGUUCAGACAGCUGCCGUUCCAGGGAAUCACAGCUCAGCUGGCUGGCCUAAAGCCGAGGCAGUGGUCAGAGGAAGCUUCUAUCGUUUUCAGGAACCAUGUGGAGAAGAAACCCCUUGUGGCCCAGCUGGAGGCUGUGCAGGAAGCCACUAACCCGUGGGACAGGAAGUUGGUAGUCUUCCUGGUCGACACAUCACAAGAAGAAAGGGACAUUUGGGUGCAUGACAUCAUGGCAGAAUUUGCUGAUGAGGUGACCAACAAGCUGUAGACAAUAGAAGAUCAAGCCUACCACCACUCCUUCUGCGCAAUGAAGGACAGGGUGAUUUGUGGAUGGAUAAAAUAGAAGACGCGUAUGCAUCUGAAUACGCAUUCACUUUGUGGGCUAGAAGAAAAGACGAAAGAGAAGCUGCAAGUAGAAGGCAAAGGUUGGAGAGCAUUUAGAGACUGCCAUUAACAGAAACACCAUAAGAGUAGGUGCUUGUUGUGUUUUGGGGCUGAACAUGGAGGGAUGCCGUGAUGUGUUUUCGGGUGACUGCAGUGGGACUUCCCACAUCCCGCGUGGGAUGUCGGUCGAAUCUUGCCACAAAUACUCCUCAACUUAAUGUAACAAACUGCUGAAUUUCUAUGUAAUAUCUGUAUGAGGUGGUGAUACGUUGUUAUACAAAACUCGAUGGACAUUAACCCGGAGCAUCAUCUUACACUACAGUAGCGUGUAAUAGUGUGUUUCAUCCAGGGGACGCCUGAACCCUCUUAGCCCUGCCUAUGUGAGUGCAAUGCAAAGGGCAAAAUGUUUAAAUUAGCUCUUCUGACGUUCUAAGAAAACUUAAAUACAUUUGUUUACUAAUUCUGCUUUUUGGAUAGUGUUUAUGAUUGUCAUAAACUUUCCAAAAAAUUGAGCCAACAUUCCUUUGAAAGGAGAAAAAAUUAGUGAGUGAGUAGUUUGAAUAAAGAGUUUCUGACAGAGUCCACUGUACUGAGCAAGUGAGAACACAAACGGAAGUCGAUGGGGUUGGUGUAAGAUGUGUUCUCAUGUGGAUAUUAGCUUUUGUUUUUGGCGUGGUACAUCCUGGGCCUAUGCUUGGGAUGCUUCACUCUGAGUUGAAAGAAAGCAUUGACACACAAACUUUUUGACUGUGUAUAGUUUACAAGCGGAGUAACUUCUGGCUUGACAACCUCUUCUCCUCUUCUGAAUCACAGAGUUGAGUCCUUUAUUUUUCAGAUUCCGGUCGUUCAAUACCAAACAGACUCUUUUGUUCUGCACAUCACUUGCUGCAUGUUAAGGAUGUGAAUUAUAUACUUUGGUGUUCUAAUGAUAAACAUUAAUUUCUCAGUAGUGUUUAUGAGCUGUUUCCAAAGGGAGAAAUGUUCCUCUCUUCAUUUCUUCCAGUUUCAUCAUGAAUUGUGGGAUUUUAUUCUGAAAUGUGUGUUUUUCUCCCACACCUACACCAUGGUGUAGUAUUUGCUAAUAUUUCUCCAACUCUGACGACAGUAGACCCGACAAAGCUCAAAGCUGCAUUGUUUUAACAAUUGACCAACAUGAAUAUAAUUUAUAUUUAACUUUUUUUGUUUUAUUGGUUUCUAUUUCAUUUGUUUGUUUGACAGUAAC